AUGAGCACCGUUCGACUGUUGAUAACCGCGCUGGUGCUGCUUGUUCUACCGCAAGCCGCCGUGGCGAAGACACAUACAUUCCACUACACCGCUGAAUGGGUUGAUGCUAACCCCGAUGGGCUUCACGUGAAGAAGAUGGUUGGCUUCAACGGCCAAUGGCCACUCCCAGAGAUCCACAUUGACAAGGGCGAUCGUGUUGAGUUGUACUUGACCAAUGGGUUGGAGAAUCAAAACACUUCGUUGCACUUCCACGGGUUGUUUAUGCAUGGUCAGAACUACAUGGAUGGCCCAGAGAUGGUGACACAGUGCCCUAUCCCACCAGGCGAGACGUAUCUCUAUAACUUCACCACUCACGAGCAGGUGGGCUCGUACUGGUAUCACUCGCACACCGGGGCUCAGUACAGCGAUGGUUUGCGUGGUGCGUUCAUUAUCCACGAUCCCGAUGUCCCAUUUGAAUAUGAUGAUGAGAAGGUCAUCACCAUCAGCGAGACGUACCAUCGUCAGUACGACGAUUUGACCCGGGAGUUCAAGAACCGUUACAACCCUACCGGUGCUGAGCCAAUACCUCAAAACUUGCUACUGAACGACACACAGAACGCCACGAUCCAUUUCGAGGCGGAUAAGACGUACUUGUUGAGAUUCAUCAACGUUGGUGUCUUUGUAUCUCAGUACGUGUACCUCGAAGACCAUGAGAUGACUAUCGUGGAAGUUGACGGUGUAUACGUCGAGCCCAAGACCGUGGAAUACUUGUACAUAGCCGUUGCCCAGAGAUAUUCAGUCUUGGUGAAGGCUAAGAAAACAACUGACAAGAACUACGCCUUGAUGCAAAAGUUCGACAAUACCAUGUUGGACUCUAUUCCACAGGACCUGAAACUCGCUGCGAUGUCUUCCAUUGUUUAUGAUGCAAAACAAGCGGCACCGAAGCCCUAUUCUUUUGUUCCUUCCGGCUCAUUCAACGAAAUCAAUCUUAGACCCUUGAACAAGACCGAACUUUUGGAUGAGCCUGACUAUAGGAUCACUUUGGAUGUAAUCAUGGAUAAUUUGGGUGAUGGUAUCAACUAUGCAUUCUUCAACAACAUCACAUAUGUGGCACCAAAGGUACCAACCUUGCUCUCAGUGCUCUCUUCUGGAGAGCACGCUACAGAUGCAAAGAUCUACGGCUCAAAUACCCACUCAUAUGUUCUUCAGCCACAUGAUAUUGUUGAAAUUGUCGUUAACAACCAAGACUCUGGUCGUCAUCCAUUCCAUCUACACGGACAUACCUUCCAAGUUGUUCAAAAAUCUCAAGCCUUUGAAGAAGAUGAACAAGAGGCCUACGACCCAGACAACCAUGAACCUUUCCAAAAGUACCCAUUGAUUAGAGACACGGUGAUCUUAGAGCCAUUUGGUUACAUAGUGUUGAGAUUCCGUGCUGAUAAUCCUGGUGUGUGGUUCUUCCAUUGUCACCUUGAUUGGCAUUUGGAACAAGGUUUGGCCAUUGUAUUGGUAGAGGACCCGUUGGCUAUUCAAGAACAAACACCUCCAGAUGACUUCUACAGAAUCUGUGAGGCAUGUGGUGUACCAACAAGAGGUAAUGCUGCAGGUCAUGUGAACGAUUGGUUUGAUUUACAAGGAGAACCGGUACAACCUGCACCACUUCCAGAAGGAUUCACAUUAAAGGGAUACGUUGCAUUUGCUAUAUCUACGCUCAUUGGUAUCUACGGCUUAUGGAGUAUCAUUCAAUACGGCUUGGAAGAUGCUGUUCAAGAUGAUAAGGCCGUGUUUGACAAAUUAGAACGUAUCUUGAAAGAAAACGAUAUGAUUCAAGUACCACUGCUUUCUGGUAACGACGCUUCAGAAGAAGCCCAAUGA